GUUUGGCCCAUUAUCCCACGGGAUAAACGUGAAUUAUUUCGGCAUGUUUGAGGGAACAACACGGGGGAAACUGAUGACUGUUGGCCAGUUUCGACUUCGUCAUGCGACCUCCCGUCGCCAUCGCGGUGCCGGUCACACCCACGAGUGACUACAACAACCUCCCGCAAGCACAGCUACGACAAAACGAUGCCAGCAAUGCCGAUGUCGCCAUGGCCAUCCAUGUUGGGGACCCGCCGCCCACGACUUAUCGCGUGCUUCCCGCGCUCAUGUCUGGCCUCGAGCAAAGGUUGGUGCUCCGAAAAGCCGUGAUUUUCCAGCUCUUCUACUUCACUGUGAGUUUCAUCCUGUUCCUCCCUCCCUGGUUCCCGUCUGCCCUUGCAUGGGCAUUUGGAAUCCUUGGAGUGUAUGCCAGUCACAUGCACGUGGACAUUCGUCGCCAGCGCGCCACCGUGUGCUUUGCCAUAUUCAACGGCGUUUUGGCUACGUGCUUUCUGUCUGAAGUGGUGUUUAGCUUGAUCAGAGUCACCGCGAAUGCUGUCGACUUGGACUAUGCACACUGUAUGCUUUGGAUGCUGAACGUCCCCGUCUUGUGCUAUGCCUCUUCCAAGGCCAUAGAGUACCACCAGGAGCUGACAAGGCGGCUUGCUCGAGGAGUGACCGUCGUGUCGUCUGCAGCGCCAGUGCAUCCGCAGAGUUGAAUACAAAGCUCAAGCCCGGGGUAUUCUUUCUGCUAGUCUUUCGGACCUCACUUAAUAUUAGCAAUGAUCUCUCGACUUGUCCAUUAA